GGGGCUGGGGCUUCUGCUGUGGCUCCAGCCCCCACCGUGCUCCCGACACGGCAGAGAGCGUUGGGGCCGCCUCCUCUGUGCAGGGCACCUGUGAGCGUCAUCCGUCACUCCCGGUGCAGCAGGUGCCUUAGGACCUCCCGAUGGGGUGGCUUGGCUCUGGGCUCACGUUCCCUGUGAGCUGCCUGAUCCUGGUGUGGGCAGCAGGCUCUGGGAGUGUUCAGGUCCGGGAUGGGCCCACCUGCUUCUCCGACUACCUCAGCACCUCCACCUGUGAGUGGAGGAUGGGCGGCCCCACCGACUGUAGAGCCGAGCUCCACCUCACCUACCAGCUGGGUUCCAAAAACCACACGUGUGUCCCUGUGAAUGGAGAAGGCGCCGUGUGCCUGUGCGACAUGCUGAUGGUCAACAUGAGCACUGGGGACACCUACCAGCUGGACCUGUGGGCUGGGAAGCAGUAG